AUGAAGCAAACACUAGCCUUGGCCUUAUCCUUGGCGGCAUUAUGUCGUACAGCUCCAGCAGGUCUAGGCCUUAGCUUCGAUAAGCGAGCGGGCUCCCUGCCUACCUUGAAAUUACCAUAUGCGACAUACCAGGCCGCCAACUACAACCCCGAUGGCGACAUCUACACCUUCAAAAACAUCCGCUUCGCCGCCCCGCCCGUCGGAGAUCUUCGAUGGGCUAAACCAGCUGCGCCGGAGACGGAGACCGAAGUCCAAGAUGGCUCUUACGGCCCCAUUUGUAUCCAAGCACCUCUGAAAGGGCCUCAAUUGACGGGACCUGGCGCCAGCAGUCCGGUUGGGGAGGCUGCGAAUCAAUUUCUGGCGGGGAUACCAGUCCCGUACUUUGCCAAUGCUAGUGAAGAUUGUCUGUUCUUGGAUAUCUACGUUCCAGCCGCAGCCGUGGAGAACCCAUCGGUGAAGCUACCGGUCGUAUCUUGGUUCUAUGGAGGAGCCUACAUCUUUGGAGGCAAAGAUUCUUUUGGAGACAUACUGCCAUUGUACGAUGGGACCGGUAUACUACAGGAGUCAGGCGGGAAUGUUAUUUUUGUCGCGAGUAAUUACCGGCUCGGCGCCUACGGCUGGCUCGCCGGUACGACGAUGGAAUCUGACGGCCUCCCGAAUGCCGGCCUCUACGACCAACGCGCUGCCCUCCAAUGGAUCCAGUCUUACAUCUCCCUUGUAGGCGGCGACCCAACCCAAGUAUCUGCUUGGGGCGAAUCAGCCGGUGCAGGCUCCAUAUUGCACCAUCUCGUCUCCUUUGGCGGAAGCCAAGAUCCUCUGUUCAGCAAAGCAGUAAUGCAGAGCCCAGCUUUUCAAUUCUUAUUUGACCGCAAAGGAGGUUUGGAGCAGACAUUCCAGAAUUUUACGACGUUAGCUGGAUGCGCUGGUCAAGGCCUUGCUUGUCUGAGGGCUGCGAGCGCGGAGACUUUGCAGAGCGCUAAUACGAAAUUGAACGAGCAGGGCCCCGAGGGGACUUUUGCUGUUGGGCCGGCUGCUGAUGGGAGUUUGAUUCGGCAGUUGGCUGUGCUGGAAUACGCAUCAGGGAACUUUUACAAAGACAUCGACUCGUUGAUCCUGAGCCACGUCUCCGAUGAAGCCUUCAUAUUCGUCCCGUCGGACGUGACAACCGACGCCCAGUUCUCAACCUUCGUCUCUGAAGUCUUUCCACCUUACGGGCAAAGUGCUGGCGUGAACGCUGUGAUCGAAGCACGCUACCCGCCCGUCAUGAGCGGAAGCUCUAAUUACACUACCGAGUUCGACCGCACCAAAGCUUUGUUGGCCGAUAGUUCGUUCCAAUGCAACGUCCGCUACCUCAGCGAUGCGUACAACGGGAUCAACUACAACCUUCAAUAUUCAGUCACGCCAGGCUUCCACGGUACAGAUCUCCUUCCCACAUUCUACGACCUCAACGUAGACUUGACAGCUCUCGGCGACAAUGCACCAUUCCCGCUCAUCCCCGGCUUUGGUUCCUUCGCACAAACUUAUCAAUCCUACAUCGUGUCACAUGCGAGAAGUGGAGAUCCGAAUACCUAUGCCAAGCUGCUUAAUAUACCGCCCGCGAUCAACUGGCCUAAAGCUGGGAGUAGCAACGCUGAUGUGUUGACAAACGUUUUGAAUGCGGGAGAUUUGGGCUUUAGUGUGAUUAGUGAUAGUGAGACGACGGAGAGUGUAUGCGGAUUUUGGAGGGAGGUGGCCGCUGCAGUUACCAAUUUAGGCGGCUAUGCGCCUCCAGGAAGCGUUGUGACGAGUACGAUUGUGCCUGUUGCGGGCGACUCGUCUGCUAAUUACUAA